AUGAAGACAAAAAAUGACUAAUAAUUAGCUUAACAAAAAAUAGGCAAAUUUUAGAAUAAGCUCAACUACGAAGUAGACUUAAACUCCUUUAAAGCAAAUUAAGAUUUUGUAGCCUAUUAGAAUAGCUAUUCAGACAGGAAUUUUAGCAAGCAAUUUCAAACUAUUUCUUUUAAUCACGUGAAUAAUUCGCCACAAUAAUCUCCCAAGCUAUCCUUAUUAGCAUCUCCUGUUAAUCAGAAGAGUGUCCAUAAGAAAUCGAUGUCUCAUACCAAUCUAGCGAGAAAUUAGAAUCUUCUACCAAAUAUUAGAAAUUUAUCUAAUUCAACUAAGAACGCAGAUGGAAAUAGCUAGCCUAGGUAUUUUAAUAAUCGCAAAGAAGUGAUUUCAUUUAGAGACAAAGUAUCUAGAAGCACUUUUAUAUCUAGAUAUUCGCAAUAUGAUUCCAAUAAAUAUUAGUCAUUAAUAGAAUAUAAUUUAAUUGAAAGCUAAAAAGGAUCUCAAAACACUUUCUAUAAAAUUUAAAAUGAAAUUCCAGGAAGACAUGAUGCAAUCUUUCAAAAUGAUUAAAUAACUCACAAUAUUUAACAAUCAGAUUAAAACUAAUUUCUUACUGAAUAAGUGCAGCAACAUAAAGGCAGUAAAAAGAUGUCUUUUUCUAUGAGCCAAGUCUAGCAUGAAUAGAAGAAACCUCAUUCUCUUGAUAGCAGUCAAACUCAAAACAAAAUAAAUGAAAAUUAAAGUUAAGAUUUGCAUAAAUAUAAAAAGAUGGAUGAGAUGAGAGAUUAACUGGAUUUCAAUUUGUAUUGUAAGCUCAAAAUCUAAGAAGUUAAGUAAACAAACGCUUAGCAAGAUAAUAACUUUUCAAGUAAAAAACAAAAUAAGUUCAACAAUACAAUCAACACCUGUUUGAACAGCACAAAUCAAAGUGAUUAAAACAUCAACCAAAAGCUGCUUUCCAACAACAAACAAAAUGCUCAAGAAAGCAAUUAAAAUAUUCUACUUGAAAUUCCUUACCUUCAAAAGAAAAUGGUUGAAACUAUUUAUUUGCAGAAGCAAGCAAAAUAAAUAUUCGAGAAGAAUUCUCAAAAUAGAAUUUCAUAAAUGCUUGAUCUUCCUUAUUACAAAUGGAAAAGAGAUGGUAAGGACAAUACAGAGCAGUAUUAAUAAUAAUCUAAAUCCAUAAUAAACACUGAUGGCUCAAAGAAUUAGAAAAAUGUUAAUAAUCACUUAAUUAAUAAGCCACACAAUUCAUUAGAACAAAGCUAAAUAACAAUCAAUAUUAGCACCACUAAUUAAAUUCAUACAGAAAAUAAUUAAAUUCUUUCUUCAUAAUUAUAAGACAACAAUAAUAUCUAUCAAAUCAAAACAGAUUAAUAGUAGCAAUAACUAACCUUUCCGCAAUUCAAAGUCAAAAUGCAAGGUCCUUAAUUACAAUAAUAAUAACAAUAACAAUAAUAAAAGCAAAUCUAAAGAAGAGACAAAAACCAAACAAGUUAAGUGUCAAAAAUUCACAGAGUUUAAGAUGGAUAUAUAAAAAUUGACUAAUCAUCUCUGAAUGACAUCAAUAAGUCAAUAAGUAAUUAGAGCGAUUACUUCAAUGGUUUGAACAUUCUUUAACUGAAUUAACAGCACUAAAGUUAAAAUAAUAUUGAUUAAAAUAACAGUAUUAAUAAUUAUAAUGAUAAUAAUACUACCACUAAAUCUAAUAAUAGCAAAUCAGAAUAAGGAUAAAUUAAACCGAUUAGAAGAGCUUCUGAGCAUGUUUUUAAUAUUGAUAAUUUCUAAAUUUAGCAACAAAUGCUCUCACCAAUCUCUUUGUAAAAUUCUCCCUCAUAUGAUUCAAAAUUAAUUAAUUUUUCUUCAUCUCCUUAAGUAAAAACUUCAUUUUCUUUAAACAAAUGCGAUAAUAAUAAUAAGAAUACUCAAAUUACUCCAUAGAAAAAAUUAUUUUAAAAUGAUUCCAAUAGUAAAAAUAUUUAAUCUGAAUUAAAUGUGCUAGAAGAAGGAGUUUUAGAAAAGUCUUCAUAUUUUUAAAACAGUUAAUUGAAUUAAACAAACAAUAAUAAUUCAAGUAGAAAUAAGCAAUCGUUUUAAGUUUAAAAUAACUUCGAAUAAAAUAAUCAAAGAUGGAAAGUUAAACCCCAACCGCAUGAAUUAUACAAAAAAUCUAUUUAACAAAUAUAGGAUUUAAAGAGAAAAUCAUCGAUGGUACAUGAUUUCAAAAACAGUGAGGAUUAUGAAUAAAACAGCGAUAUCGAUACUGAAAAAAAAAACGAAGUGAGCUCAUCAAAUUCUCUGGAUAUUUCGAUUUAAAAAAAUUAACUUUAAUCAUCAGAAAAGAAAAAGAAAUCUAUUUAAAGAAGAAAUAGCUAAAAUAUAAUUGGAAGAAGUAUCUCAUAAGUAAUAAUUCCAUCAAACGAAAAGAAUUAAGAUGACAAAAUCAUUUACAGAGACUAGAAAAACCCUCUUUAAAACUAAGGAGAGGCCUUUGUUAACAAAGAAUUUAUUAAUGAUCCCCUCUUUAAAGAUUUUUCUGACACUGAAUAAGCAAGAAAACUUAAAAAAUAACAAACUUUCAACUACUCCCUAAAAAAGCAGUCUUUUUUAUUACAACUCGGGAGCCAAUAAAUGUCAAAAUAGUAAAUCCAGCAAAGUUACAUCGAAUAAUAAUAAACCAAUGUUUUUAACUAAGUUGGCAAUUCAACGACCUCUAAUAAAAAAUAGGGCCAUAGAAAAGUAUCUUCAAUGAAUUUCAUCCCACUAGAUAAUAAAUUAUCCAGCUCUAUCACAUAAAUUGGUAGCAAUCCAAAUAUUAUAAUCCCAGAUAUUACCAGCAAAUCCACUUCGUAUAACUCCAUUAAUUACAAUACCCAAAAUCCAAAUAGAAAAUCUAGCCUUAUUAAAAUUUUACCUGCAGUUGAAGACACUCAAAUCAGAGCUAUUUAAUCGGAAAGAAAAAUACAAAUUUAGUAGUAAAGAGACUAAUAGCUAGAAUAAAUUUACUAAGCCAGGAGAAAUAGAGAAAAGAGAUUUAGUUUAAAGCAACUUCCUGACUAUCAGCAUGGAGACCAAAAUUAUAAGAUAGAGGUUGUUUAGAUGAGUUAAAUAUAGGAAAAUGAUGAUGAGAUGAAUUCGCCUUAACCUAAAUACCUCAACGAGAGAAAGAGAAAUUAAACUAUUUUUGUUCCUUAGCUAAAAUCUAUUGAUAAUAUUGGAGAUUAAUUAUCAUAAAAUAUAGAACAAAGAAGCUCUCCUACAAAAAAGAAAAACAUUAGUGACAAACUCUUGGAUAAACACUUAAAUUGUAUUAAAUAAGAUUUAACAAAUUUACUCAGCCAUACUUUAAAAAUGAGUGAUAUCAAAGAAGAAAUUAACUAAUAUGUUAACAACUGCAUAGUUUUACUUUAACACGCUACAGCAUAAAUAAUCUCAUCAGUAAAUAAAAAUAAAUAUUUUAUGUUUUCAGAAGAGCAACUAAAAUUGGUUGGAGAAUUUUUUAGAGAUAAACUAUUCGAAUAUGGAUUUGAUCUUCAAGAAGUCUUGUUUUUCCAUAAAAAAUAUAACUUUUUGAUCUCAUAAAUAUUUAGAAAAAGUCUUUUAGACUAAAUAGAAAACUCAAAUCCACUAAAUUAGCUCAUUGAUGAAACUAUUUCUAAGCUAUCAGACAAAAUAAUUUUCCUUAAAAAAUUUGAAUUAGAAGAUUUAGAUAAUUUAAGGAAUGCUAUUAUGGCUAUGCUCAGUGAUAGCAAAGAUAUUUUACUUUACUACUUAGAUAUUUAUAAAGAUCUAAUCAAAAUACAACCUCUUGAUUUUUCAAUGUUAAAAAUGACUCUUUAUGAUAUCCUUAAAUAAAAGCACUAUUCUGACGAUGUAGUUUUCUCAGUCAUUGAGAAAGUAGAGAAAGUCAGAAACUAUCUUUUCCCAUAAUACUAAUUUUCUGACUCCAACUUCAGAAAAAACAUUACAAGUCUCUUUUACUAUGACAAAACAAUUGGAGGAUACUUCUUAGACCCUUCUUUGUAAACAAUUCAAGAAUUUAUUCACUCUCUUUGGAACUGCUUGCAUGGACUAAAUACUUUUGAGAAAUUUGCUGAAUAGCUAAAGAAUUUUCUUAAAAUAGAACCUAAUGUAAAAUUUAUCGAAAUACUGUACGACUUCAUCAUUGAAUACAUUCAAAAAACCUUAAAUGAAGAUUAGAUGGAUGACUUAAUUUUCAAAUUUUUCAAAUUGAAGCAAAUUAUUAAUUCGCAGCAACUUAUACCUACAAUAGCCUAAAUAGAUAUUAAUUAGUUAAUAGAAACAAUCAAAGAAAUUACUCUCAUAAAAUCUAUCAGCAAAUAAAUUCCAGUCGACUUAAAAGAAGCUAAAAUAUUUGACUACAGAUUUUUAUAAACUUUUAUUGAAUUUGUAAUUGGAACUAACAAAGAAGUCAUUUCAGUUUAUGAAAUAAAACUAAUUAAAGUUGCUAUGAACACUGACUUAGAUACAGUCAAUUUCUAGUUUGAAAUUCUAAAAUAGGCAUUAAAUACUCUCAAUCUUGAGUUAAGAUUUGUCGAUGACAUUACUUUUCUUUACAAUCUCCUUCUUAUCAAAUAACUUUCUAAAUGA